GCAUCACUGUUUUAUUGUCUUUUGUUGAUCAUACUACAUACCUCGUGUUCGUGUGUAUUUUUUUCUCUCAAAUAAAAAAAAAGAAAAAGGUAAAAUGAGGAUUGAAACAUGUUAUUUUUGUUCAUCGCGGGUCUAUCCUGGACAUGGAAUUCAAUUUGUCAGAAAUGAUUGCAAAAUUUUCAAAUUUUGUCGUUCCAAAUGUCAUGCGGCAUUCAAGAAAAAGAAGAAUCCAAGAAAAGUAAAAUGGACAAAGGCCUAUCGAAAAACAGCUGGCAAAGAAUUGGCAAUUGAUCCAACAUUUGAAUUUGAAAUGAGACGAAAUAUUCCAGUGAAAUAUAAUCGUGAAAUAUGGACAAAAACAAUAGAGGCAAUGAAAAAAGUUGAAACAAUAAGACAAAGACGACAAAAUACACAUAUUAUGCAAAGAUUACGCGUGGGACGUGAUGUUGAACGUGAGAAAAAUAUUAAACAAGUACAAAGAAAUAUUUCAUUAAUAAGAUCGCCAGCAGCCGGUCUUAAGGAACGUAAGAAACAAGAGGAAUCAAUGAUGGACAAUGAUAAUGAUAAUGAAGAAGAAAUUAACGAUGAAUCAAUGACAAAUAAUCAACUUGUUGAAGAAAUUGAUAUUAGUGAAGCGCAAAAAAAUAUUUCAUUUACAAAAUCGCCAAUUAUUAAGCAAAAGAAACAAAAGGGAAAAGCAAAACAAAAAAUUCAAGACGAAGAAAUGCUCCUCGAAGAAAAUUAGUAUUUUUUUUUUUUUUUUUUUUGCGAUUUUUUAAAGAUUCGAAUUUUUUUUUUCGAAAAUAAUAUCUUUGUAUAUAUCUUGUUUGUUUUUUGCAAGAAGAAAAAUUUUGUUUUUUUUUCUCGAUAACUUGUGUAGUUUUAAAGUUAUAUAAUAAAAAUAAUUGCGAAAUUUGUUAA